AUGGCGUCACAUCAGGACGCUUGGUAUCUCUCGUUAUUGGGCUUAGCUGAAAAUUUUCGUACAUCCAGUCCUCCAAACAUAAAAGCUUGCAUACAAUGUCUGCAAGCUGUUUUUUUUUUCAAGCCACCUCCUAAGGUUGAGGCCAGGACUCAUCUUCAACUGGGUAACAUCCUCCUUACGCACACUAAAAACAUUGACCUGGCGCGAUCUCACCUGGAACAAGCGUGGGGAUUGAGUCAGAAUAUGAAAACAUUUGAUGACGUUAAAUUCGAAGCUGCGAGUAUUGUUGCUGAAUUAUAUAAACAACAAGACUCGAAUCACUGUAUGCCAAUACUUAGAGAAGCUAUUAGACUUUCAACUCAAAAUGUUUAUUGGCAUUGUAGACUUAUUUUUCAACUCGCACAAAUGCACGCAUCCGAACGAGAUUUUAUAGCAGCGAAUAGUUUACUGGAAAUAGGCAGCGAUUACGCCCAAGUAAGCGGAGCAAAUUACACGCGGGUUUUAUUCAUCCUGAGCCGGUGUAUGUUGCUGCUGAUCGACAAAAAGUUUUCGGAAGUCCACCCGCUGUUCCACAUGGCCAGCCGAUACGUAGACGGAUGGGAGGGAAACCACUACCAAAAGGAGUACCUAAAAGUCUACCUGUUGGUACUGCAAGUGUGUUAUUUCCUAAUGUUGGGUCAGGUUAAAAGUGUUAAAGUACUUUUAAAACAGUUACAACAAAGUAUACAGACAAUAAUGUCCCCGACCUGGCCGUCAGACGAGGCCGCGACCAGUUCGAGCACCAGCGACAUGUUUAUAUGGAUGCCAAAGGAACAUUUGUACGUUUUAGUGUACCUCGUUACUGUGAUGCACUCGAUGCAGGCCGGUUAUAUGGAGAAAGCGCAAAAGUACACGGACAAAGCGCUGACGCAAAUCCAGAAGCUCAAGAGUACCGACAACAAACCAAUACUCUCGGUCUUUCAACUGAUGCUGCUAGAGCAUAUUGUGAUGUGUCGUCUAGUCAGUGGAAACAGGAGCAUGGCGCUAGUGGAGAUUGCGGAGGCUUGUCAGCUCUGUAGGACGCAGCCCAAGCUACUCAAGGGUCAUGAGUCUCAGCUACACACUCUCCUGGGUCUCUAUGCCAUGUCAAUGAACUUUAUGGAAGCCGCUGAAGCCCAAUUCACCGCGGCGCUCCAGACCUCCCAGGAGAAAGAACUUUGCACGUUCGCGAAUCUCAAUUUGGCGAUCGUAUAUCUAAGGACUAAGCGGGACAAGGACCUGGGCAGUCUCAUGGAGCGAAUCAAUCCCGAAGGACUCCACUCUCACUCGCUGCAAGCUGCUGCCUUCUACGUACAGGGUCUCCAGGCCUUUUUUGGUGCCAGAUACAACGAAGCCAAAAGAUACUUGAGGGAAACUCUCAAGAUGGCCAAUUCUGAAGAUCUUAACAGACUAACGUCGUGUAGUUUAGUACUUUUAGGUCAUAUUUUUCUAUCCUUGGGUAACGAACGCGAGUCAAUGAAUAUGGUCACUCCGGCUAAUCAGUUAGCUUCUAAAAUACCUGAUGUUCAUGUGCAAUUGUGGGCCACGGCGAUACUUAAAGAUUUGUACAGUAGAAACGGUGAUCACAACCACGAGAACGAAGUGUAUCAACUGCACUGUAGUUUUUCGUCAACCUUACUGAAAGACCACAUGCAAAGUACUCAAAUGCCCGAGCACAUUCUCAUCCAAUGGACGAGUGGUACGAUUCCCACGUUGCCAAGCAAUCCACCGGCAUCAACAUCGCGAGCUAUUCUCUAA